ACUGUCUUCUUUAUCUUCCAAAUCUCCAAAUAACUGCUUCCUCUCAGCUAGCUAGGUUUCGCGCCCAAGGUUUCAUGGAGAUGGAGGGGACAAACCUUACAAACCUCACAAACCUCAAUGACUCAUUGCCUUUCUCUUCUUUUCCUCUUUCCAACCGAAGUGGUAGAGGAAGAGGAUUUGAUGUGAAACAUGAUCUAGAGAGAUCAAAAGGACAUGGUGGUGGCAGCGGCUGUAGUUCUGGCAAAGACAAAAUUGAUGCUCUCGGUAGACUUUUGACACGUAUUCUGCGACAUAUGGCUACUGAGCUACACUUGAAUAUGCGAAGUGAUGGAUAUGUCAAAGUUCAGGAUUUAUUAAAGCUGAAUUUGAAAUCAUUUGCCAACAUUCCAUUAAGGUCACACUCGGUUGAUGAUAUUAGGGAGGCUGUCAGAAAGGAUAAUAAGCAACGGUUUAGCCUAAUGGAGGCAAAUGGGGAGCUUUUGAUCCGUGCAAACCAAGGCCACUCAGUGAAGACAAUAGAAUCUGAGGGGUUACUAAGACCAAUCCUUUCAGCUGACGAAGUGCCAGUUUGUGUACAUGGGACAUACAAGAAGAAACUGGAAUCGAUUUUGGAAUCUGGAUUAAAACGCAUGAAUAGAUUGCAUGUGCACUUCUCACAUGGCUUGCCAUCUCAUGGCGAAGUAAUUAGUGGUAUUAGACGAGAUGUUAAUGUUUUGAUAUUUCUUGACGUUAAAAAAACUCUGGAAGAGGGAAUGAAGCUUUACAUUUCAGACAACAAGGUGAUCUUGACUGAAGGUUUUAAUGGUGUCGUGCCUAUCAAGUUCUUUGAGAAGAUUGAAUCAUGACCUGAUAGAAGACCUAUACCUUUUCAAAUCUAGACUACAUCAUGUAUCUUCAUUUUCUCUUGUCAUUUAUGCAAUUUUAGUUUCACCUUAAUGGAUUAGGCUUUGCUGCUUAGGGUCUGGUUUGAAUCUUGUAUCGAUAAUGUAGUUGUUUCAUCUCUUAUUGGGUGUCAUGAUUAUCA